AUGUCUGAGGCAGAGGCGCAGGGCCCCCAGCGAUCCGAAGGCACUGGGGCAUGCACAGUGGACGUUCCCUCCCUUAAAGAAAUCGAGCAGCUCCUGAACACUGGUCGACCUUCUUGCAACCACGUUGAUGAAGUAUGGCCUAAUCUCUUCUUAGGAGACCUAGUAACAGCUCACAACAGAUUUGUUUUGUGGAAGAUGGGUGUGACCCAUGUUUUAAAUGCUGCCCACGGCACAGUGUACAGCCACGGAGGCCAGGACUUUUAUGGAGCAACCAUUGAUUACUAUGGUGUACCAGCCCAUGACCUCCCAAGCUUUGAUAUAAGCCAGUUCUUUUUCUCUGCGGCACAGUUUAUCCACAACGCUUUGAACACGCCAGGAGCUAAGAUUCUGGUACACUGUGCAGUUGGAGUAAGCAGGUCAGCUUCCCUAGUCCUAGCAUAUCUCAUGAUAAAUCAUCACCUCUCCUUGGUUGAAGCCAUCAAAACAGUGAAGGAACAUCGAUGGAUUUCACCCAAUCGUGGCUUUCUGAAACACCUGCGAAAUUUGGAUGUUGAGCUACGGCAAAAGAAGGACUGCUGA